AUGCUAACUUUUGAUGAAAUUCUGGGGAUAAUAUACCUGCUACUAACUGUAGUUGGAUUCCUAGGGAAUUGUAUCCUCCUCUACCUACAUGCCAUUAAUUUCCUCAUUGCUCAAAGAACAAGAUCUAAAAACCUAAUUGUCAUUCAUUUGGUCUUUUCCAAUGCCAUGACACUUCUCUUUAUGGGAAUAGCUACUACGACAAGGCUUUGGAGGGUGAAAUGUCUCCUGGACAAGACUGGGAUCACAAUCAUAAUGUACAUGCAGAGAUUAACUUGGAACCUCUCCUUGAGUAGCACCUGCCUAUUCUGUGUCUUCCAGGACAUCACCAUUAGUCCCAACAACUCCAUAUGGGCACAGCUCAAAAUGAGAGCACCAAAGUACAUCAUCCCAAGCUUUGUUCUUAGCUGGAUUUUCAAUCUACUAUUCUGUGUGAUUCUACUUCAAUACCAUGAUGGUCCAAAGAACAGAACAGAUAGUAAAUACGGUUGUAACACUGGGUAUAGAUCUCUAGAUUUGAAUAAUAAGAACCAUGUUAAACUUUCAAUCAUAGUAUGUGUUUAUGAUGCUUUCUUUGUGGGUCUCAUGAUGUUUUCUAGUGUCCAUAUGGUCUCAAUCCUAUAUAGACAUAAGAAGCUUGUCAAUCAUAUUCAUAGUAAUAGCUUCUCCACAAAAAUAUCCCCUGAAACCAGAGCCACCCAGGUUAUCUUGCUUCUUGUGAGCAUCUAUGUUCUGUUUCACGUAUUCAGUCCUAUUUUUAUUUUGUAUAUGUUCUAUUUUAAAUACACAAACACUUGGGUGAUACAUACCUCAGCCUUUCUGUCUCUGUGGUAUUCAGUAAUCAGUGCUUUUGUUCUUAUCAGCACUGACAACCAGAUUCCCAGGACCUGUGCUCAUUGA